GCUAUGUACCAACCAUAACCCGCUCUAACCAAGGGAGGGUUGGGUUACCAACUCUAUGUACCCCAACUAUGACCAGGGGAGGGUCACCUGAGAACGACGCACAGGCAGACGGGAAACAGACGGCUCGAUGUAACGAUUCGAACCAAGAGUUAAGAGUACGAUGAAGAACGCAGAGGGAGACACGAGACAGAAGAGGAACAGCGGGGCAGAAGGGAGAGAGUACAGAGCAGAGCGGCCAGACACGCCGGCCUAAUAGGAUGUCGUCGAUGAGUAGCAGACGUAAGAAGCAACCAGCAAAAGACGGCGCUUUCGUUGGACAAAAAAGCGAACGGACGGACGGACGGACGAUUAGAGCAUCAUCAUAUACGCACACGUCGAGUACAAUCGCAAAUGAAUCUGACCGUAAGAAGGGCCGCAGUUGGAUGUAUCUGACCGCAAUUAUGUGCAUAACUGAGUAAAAACGCCCUUCUGUGAGUGUGCCCUUAUUCUAUAGUGUACGCCAUGAAAAACUGCACAGGGUGUCAGGGACAACAACCGUUCCAAAAACCGCUAUGUGUGCUUUACCAACAUCGGGAUCGGGGUAAGGACUUUCUACAACUUGAAGCUGCGAUUUUCUCUCUCUGAUGUAUCUCUUCCUAGGGAUUCGAAUCCUUGAGGGCAAGCAAACUGAGCAAGUGCCGGCGAGCGUCGGCCGCAUUUAUUUGUGUUAAUCGAAUCCGUGAUUUGGGUAAUCACGCUCAGAUACAAGAACAAUGAUCGCUCAUCAUAGACGCCGCACCUUCGCUGGAACGAUCGAUGGCCAAAUCGGCGGAAGAAUCGGCGAAAGAAUCGGCAGAAGAAUCGGCGGAAGAAUCGGCGGAAGAAUCGGAGGAAGAAUCGGAGGAAGAAUCGGAGGAAGGAUCGGGAGAAGAGUCGGCCGAUCGGCGGAAGAAUCGCUCUGCGAAAGGCGGCAGGCGCCCGUACGACCCGACGCUGUACAGCCACCUGCCGUCCCACGAGAUUCCAUUGCCUCCGAGUGACAACAACAGCGACGAGCCCCGAUCAUCAACGGUUCCUCUGGGCAGCGGUUCGACGCAGGAUUGGAUGGGGAGCCAGUUGUACAGACAACCCUCGGCGCCGAUGUACACUGAUCUGCUAGAGGGGCGGACCCCAGUUGGUUAUGACGGAGGGCUCGCAGAUCUCAGCUUCGGUUUGAGGUCUGGGAGUGGCCAGGACGUCACGCACACCGUUCUCGUGAACCCGGGUUCUGCCAGCAACCACACAGCGCCUUCAGUGGGGCCGUGUGGCCUUCCUGACACCCGCGGUCGGGGUCCUCGUCAGUCGGGCGACGAACGUGGACUCGUUUCCCGAGGGCGGACGACAGUGGGCACAACAGGUGUUCGUGCGGAGGGGACGAGGACAGGUGGAUCGACAAUGGCAGGCGGCGCAGUCCACCGAGGAGGGGAUGACGCUGACAGCUACGCUGCGGAGGGCGCGGGGCGAGAGGUUUGGGAUGAUUACCGGCGACAAUCGCGACAAUCUAGCACGUCCGCCAUAACGAGAGGGGUGGCGAAGAUCAAUGUACGGGCGGACGACACACCCGGCGAUUGCGACGGUGCGGGUGGUGAAUAUUUAUCGGCAGGCGACGGGGGCAACGACAAUGACGACGACGACGACGGGGAGAUAGAGAUUCGUCCGCUGGGGAAGAAACGGGGAGGGCCGAGGGCGACGAGCAAGUCUAGCGAGCCGCGCGCGGGGCGGAGAGGCAAGAAGACUGCGGGAGAUGCAUUGGCAGGCGACGGAGCGAAAAGCAGGGAUUUUUGGACCGUGGAACACAUGAUUGCUCUUAUGGGGGUGACGACUAGAAAGGCCGAUGAUUGCGGGAAAAAAUGGGACAACCUGUACAUGCAGUUCAAAAUUGUGCACAAGUUCAUGGGAGAAUCGGGGAAGCCUGAUUUCUUCUCACAAGCGCCGCGGGAGAGAAAGGAGCAGGGGUUCGAUUUUCGGAUGGACGAGCGUGUGUAUUCGGGGAUGAUGGCCAUGUCCAAGGGCGAUCACACCAUACACCCCACGAAUCUGGCAGACACGGGUGCGGCGGGAGGUGUUCAACUGCCAGGACGGACUGGAGGUCGGAACGAAUCAGGCGGUAGUGACGGAUGCGGGGAUGGGCAGGACGACGAUCAAGGAUCGACGCGGAAUUCAAGUUUCAGCGGCGGUGCUGUGGGCGGGUGCGGCAAAAGGAAGAAUGUGAGACAACAGACCUUCGACACGAUUGCGGACAUCAUGAAGGACCACGGGAGUCUGAUGGCGACGGCGGUGGACAGCGCGAGCAAGAGGCAGUGCUCAAUUCUGACUAGGCAAUGCGACAUUCUCGAGCGAGAGCUAGAAGUGCAGAAGGGGCAUUACGUGAAGACGGACCAGGCAAACCUAUUGAUGUUGUUUACAGAGGACGGCUCGUUUCUGCAUGCGGUUUCCAUUGCACGACCAGCACUUCCCGCCCUUUGCGCCUCCACUCUCAAGCUUUGUGCACCGCGUGCAGUCCCCCCUCACGCGCCGCAAGCACGUGCUCUUUUUUCUGUGGCCAUCAUCGUCGCGACUCCUGCCCACCACGACUGCGCAUCGUCCACGUGGCCGUCGUCAAUCUCCAAGCGUCGUACUUCCACGUGCUCCUUCGUCGACGCGCUCCUUCGUCCACAUGUUCGUCGUUGCGGAGUUGCGGACGACAUGGCCCCGAGGAACGCAUCAGCGAAGGCCAGGCAAAAUAGCGGGGCGGGCGACAAGGGGGAAACCAAGAGAGGCAGAGGGCACAUCCCUAAGCCGAAAAGGCAGCGCGUUGAAGAGUCGAGCUCCGAGCACACUGCAGACUUCCAUCCAAAAGAAGUGGUGAUGGUGGACGCGCAAGGUACUUCAGCGGCGCCGCGAUUGGGUUUCGGGCGAGAUGGGUUGACGAGGGAACAGGUGUCCGCUGUGAAGCAGAGCAUCGUUGUUGGUGCUGCCGGGGCGUCGCAAAGGACCCCGAAGGCGGCAGGGGUUGUCAUAACGGAGGUGCCAGUCCCGAGGCAACUUCCCGCAGCGACGGGGCAGGGCCAGCCACGUCAGCCACUUCCACUGCAACAGCUGGGGGCUUCAAGGGGGGGGAAAGCACAGCCCGCGCAAAAGGGCGAUGCAACAGCGAUCGGCACUCGGACAGCGGCGGCGGAUCGCAGUGGUAGAACUGCAGUCGCCGAAGGUGCGGGCGAGGAGAGGGUAGACGACGUCCGCCACGACGAGGGAAGAAGAGACGGAAAGCGGGAGGGCGACGACGACGACGACCGUCCACUUGUGACGAGGUUGAAGGGAGCCGCAAAGGAGGAUGGUCUGGAGGAAAGAUCGAAGUUGUGGGUUGAUUGCGACUCUUUCUGGGGUCAGGGACCGGGGAAAACCUUGAGGGAGGCGGUUGGCGAGUGCGUGGACUACUUCGUCGCAAUCGCCAACGGAGACGCAGGAGCUGAACCGCCUGCGAUGCUCAUACUGCCGCCGAAUGACGUGCCGCGCUUCAAAAUCGACGACCCUGCGCAGCGUGAACCGGCUCUGCGCAGAGCGCGCAACGUCGAGAAACUGGUGUUGCGCGCCAUCCACGGCUGGAUCUUCAAAUCGUCGUCGCGGUCGGCUGGAUUCACUCGUGCAGAGUCGUACAUCAGUGUCGACAUUGCCACAGACGUCGCACGAGCAGUUUGGCAGGGGCAGGAAUGGUCGAACGUGGUAUCCCCUGCACUCGUGUACCACACUCUGGCGCUGAAGAUGGACGUGCCUCUGUGGUUCGCAGGGGUGAAGAUUGUGGAUUGACCAGAGGACGACGACAUGGCGGCGCGGCAGGAGGCGAUAGUUCUUCGCAUCGCGGAGUGCUGGACAGACG